GAGGGAGUGAGAGAGAGGAAGAGAGAGAGAGAGAGAAAGAGAGGCGGCCAAUCUAAACCCGAUAACGAACCAGCUGGUUGGCAGUGCCGUUCUGGAAGGUUUUGCGGGAAGGUGCUUUUUUCAACGUUGUCAGUGAAAAAUUCUUUUUCUUCCCUCUUUCUCUUUCCUAAGCUCUUUUUUUUCUACUUUGCACCUAAUUACAGUGGUGCGUGAUGAGUGCGUGUGUGUUGGUGUGUGUGUAUAUUAUAUGUAUGUAAAUGGGUGGAUGAUAAGAAAGAUGAGUUAGUGGGCUGGUAUAUAUUUUUUUGUUACAUUUUGUUACAUCAAAGGUGACAGUUCUCGUCACAAUCUACGUUGCGAAGACAAAAGGAAAGAAACAAACAAAUUAAUUAGAAGGUGAUAUAUAUACAUACAUGUAUAUCAGGUGUAACGAAAGAUUCGUAUCGUUGAAAGGUAUCUCUCAUUUUCUUUCGAUCGAGAAGAGGGGAAUCCUGUUGUGGACGAAUCGAAGAAACAAAUAAAAAAACAGAAACCAAUUUAUUUAAUUUGACUUUACUUUACUUUACUUGACUUGACUUGACUUGACUGACUUGACUGACGGACAUACGGACAAGUAAAAAAAAAUAAAAUAAAAAAGGAAAAAAAAGGAACAUAACAGGAAAAUAAAUAAACAGAUAAGAAAAAAGGAUGCCGUGAUCAGAAGAGAGAAGAAGGUCGGUGGUAUGUAUCCGGGACGAGAAGGUCGGCGGUUCACGUAGAGCACGCGCGACCAUUCCUAAACCUAAACCCAAGACCAAGAAGAAGAAGAAGAAGAAGACGAAACACCUCGAAUCAUAGAAAAACGACAAACAUAACAACCAAACUGUUAACAGAACGAAUCAGACAAUUAUAAAAGGAAUCCUAAAUUUAUCUGAAAUUAAAUCAAUCGCCAUGACUUUAAGACAGCUAUACGUUAAGGGUGGCAAAGUAUGGGUACCUCAUCCCGACAAAAUUUGGGAGGGUGCAAUCCUCUUAGAGGAUUACAAAGUAAAUCGGCCAACAUUAAAGGUACACACGGACGACUCGAAUCAGACGAAAACCUUAGAGAUCAAAUGCGACGACGAUUUACCACCAUUGAGGAAUCCGGAUAUAUUGAUGGGAGAAAAUAAUUUAACAUCUUUGUCGUUUCUUCACGAACCAGCUGUACUUUACAAUCUACAGAUACGUUUUCAAAGGCAUUGCAUUUAUACUUAUUGCGGUAUAGUUUUGGUUGCCUUUAACCCAUACAAUGAAUUACCCAUUUAUGGGAAUGACACGAUAUGGGCGUACAGGGGUCAAGCUAUGGGAGAUUUGGAACCCCAUAUAUUCGCUGUUGCUGAAGAAGCUUACACUAAAUUGGAAAGGGAAGGUCAUGAUCAAUCGAUCAUUGUAUCAGGUGAAUCGGGUGCUGGUAAAACUGUUUCAGCCAAAUAUACCAUGAGAUAUUUCGCAACUGUCGGUGGUUCUACGACUGAAACGCAAAUUGAAAAAAAAGUCUUAGCUUCUUCACCGAUCAUGGAAGCUAUUGGUAAUGCAAAAACAACUAGGAAUGAUAAUUCAUCGAGAUUUGGCAAAUUUAUUGAAAUACAAUUUAAUAAAACUUAUAAUAUUACCGGUGCCAGUAUGAGAACUUAUCUUUUGGAAAAAUCAAGAGUCGUGUUUCAGGCAAACGAAGAGAGGAAUUAUCAUAUAUUUUAUCAAAUGUGCUCGGCAGCGAAGCGUCUUCCACAUUUACAUCUUGGAAACUCAAUGGGUUUUCAUUAUCUAAAUCAAGGAAACAAUCCUAUAAUCGAAGGUGUCAACGAUUUAACGUGUUUCGAUGAUACCAUUAGUGCACUUACCAUGCUUGGUUUUACAUCGAAACAACAGGACGAUAUGUUAAGAAUAUUAGCAGCCAUAUUGCAUUUAGGAAACGUUAAUAUUAAUAGCUUUGACGGACAAAGUGAUAAUCGUGACGAUGAUACAGAAGCCAGUUUUAUUUCACCAAACGAUAAACAUUUGUUAAUAAUAUCGGAAUUACUUGGAACCGAUGUGAACGCCAUGAGAAAAUGGCUUUGUCAUAGGAAAAUUGUAUCAAUGAGAGAAGUAUUUUUAAAACCAAUGAAUGCUGAACAAGCUACCGGUGCUAGGGAUGCUUUGGCUAAACACAUUUAUGCUGAAUUAUUUAAUUGGAUUGUAAAUGGUAUCAACAAUUCUUUACAAUCUCAAAGCAAGGCUCAAUGUUUCAUCGGUGUAUUGGACAUUUAUGGAUUCGAAACGUUCGAGAUUAAUUCGUUCGAACAAUUUUGUAUUAAUUAUGCUAAUGAAAAGUUACAACAACAAUUUAAUCAGCACGUAUUUAAAUUAGAACAAGAGGAAUAUUUAAAGGAAGAAAUCGAAUGGACUUUUAUAGAUUUUUACGACAACCAACCGUGCAUUGAUCUAAUCGAAACGAGAUUGGGCAUAUUGGAUUUAUUGGAUGAAGAGUGUCGGAUGCCAAAAGGAACGGACAGCUCGUGGGCCGAUAAACUUUAUGCAAAAUGUAACAAAUCUAAACAUUUCGAGAAACCACGAUUUGGUACUUCCGCUUUCUUGAUUCAUCAUUUUGCUGGUUUGGUACAAUACGAGACAUUAGGUUUUCUUGAAAAGAACAGAGACACUGUAAUUGAGGAACAAGUAGACGUUUUAAGGGCUGGUGAUAAUAAAUUAUUGAAGAAAUUAUUUUGCGAUGAGGAUCCAAAAUUGGUUGUACCAAAUACAAGGGUCAAAGUAUCCGCACAAAAACCAGUAAUAACUCCCAAACAAAAUAAAAAAACGGUUGGUUCACAAUUUCGAGAUUCUUUAAAUAUGUUAAUGUCAACGUUAAAUGCAACAACACCGCAUUACGUUCGUUGUAUCAAACCAAACGAUACAAAGGAAUCAUUCGAAUAUAAUCCAAUACGUGCUGUACAACAAUUACGUGCAUGUGGUGUACUUGAAACGAUAAGAAUUUCAGCUGCUGGUUUUCCAAGUCAAAGAACAUAUUCGGAAUUCUUUCAAAGAUACAGAUGCCUGUGCGUUUUCAAAGAAAUCAAAAGGGAUGAUCUUAAAGAAACUUGUCGUCGUAUUUUAGCUAGGUAUAUCAAGGACGAAGAUAAAUUCAAGUUUGGUAAAACAAAAGUAUUGUUUCGUGCCGGACAAGUUGCAUAUCUUGAAAAACUCAGAGCAGAGAAGCAAAUGAACGCUUGUAUAAUGAUUCAAAAGACCGUUCGUGGUUUAAUAUGUCGACAUAGGUAUAAAAAAAUACGACGAGCUAUUUUGGGUCUUCAAAGAUACGGUAGAGGAUUUUUGGCAAGGCAAAGGGCUGACAGAAUCAGAUGUGAGAGAGCUGCGAUUAAAAUUCAAGCUAACGUCAGGGGUUGGUUAAAGAGACGAUGCUAUCAACGAAUAAGACGCACAAUUAUUGGUAUUCAGGUUUAUGGUAGAGGUAAAAUGGCAAGAGAGAGGUAUCGUUUGAUGAAGGACAAUGCUGCUGCAACGAUCAUACAACGAUUCGCGAGAGGAUAUCUAGUCAGAAUGGCGUGUAAAAAGAAAUUAAGGGAUAUCGUUAUAGUUCAAUCAUGUGUUAGAAGACACAUGGCUAAGAAAAUCUUUAGAAGACUCAAAGCAGAAGCUAGAAGUGUUGAACAUGUUAAAUCACUUAACAAAGGUCUUGAGAAAAAGAUUAUAACAUUACAACAGAAGAUAAAUGAUCUUGCUAAGGAAAAUCAUCAUUUAAAGAACGUACAUAAUGAAGUAUUUGAUUUGAAGAAUAAAUUGGAAAUACUUAAACCUGUAGAAGCAGAGAAUAAAAAAUUAAAUAGUAUUUUAUUAUUGAAGGAAAAGGAAUUAGAAAAUUUUCAAAAUCUAUUGAAACAAGAGAGAGAUGAAAAGAUGGAUAUUUUACAGGAUAAAGAGAAAAUCACUCAAGAAAAGGGUCAGGAAAACAUUAAACUCUUGGAGGAGAAUGAAAAAUUACGAAAAGAAUUAUCAGUGGCUAAUGAUAAAUUGAAAAGUAAUUUACGUGGUGCUGAAGAAAAUCUUAAACAUCGUUUGGAACAGGAAAAGGAUUUACUUUUGUUGGAUCAGGAUCAAGAUCGUGGUGCUUAUCAAAAAUUAUUGAAAGAAUUUCAUGAAUUGGAACAACAUGCUGAAAUGUUGGAACAAAAACUUGCACUUCACGUACCAGGACAUUCUCGUUCAUUGAGCAAUGCUUCCAGUAGUAGUGGACAAGUUGUUUCAACUGAAUUACCACAGGAUGAUCAAAAUAUUGAUCUUGGUUAUGGAUCAGUACGAUCAACUGCAUCAUCAUCAACGCCAUAUUCAAGGGUGGAAACUAUUGAUUGGAACCAACAACGUUCGAAUAGUCCACCUGACGGUGAAGUACAACCUAAUAAAUUACCUUCAGAAACAACCAAUGGACCAGCUCAUGCACCCGUGGACAUUAAUUUGGUAUUGAAACUUCAACAAAAGUUGAAGGAUGUUGAAAAAGAAAAGGGACGAUUGAUUCAAAUGGUGGAAAAUUUGGAACGUGAUAGUCCUGAAGAAGCUUCAAGUACUCAGGAUACUUUCAAGCUUCAGGAAUUAGAAAUGGAAAAUGCGCAGCUUAAAAAGGAUUUGGAUUCGUUAAGAAAAGUAGUAUCUGGCACAGAUCCAACAGCUGCACAGCAACACCUAAUAGGACAAUUCGAGGCAUUGCAAGAAGAAUUAGAAAGAAGAAGAGAAGAGUGUAUACAAUUGCACAGUGUAUUGGCUGAUCAUACUCGAAGAAUGAAGAGUCUUGGUUCGAAUUAUGGUCGUGACGUUGAUAUUGUUAACGAAGAUGGUGAAUUGGUUCUUGCAUUUGAAGCACAGAAGAAAAUAAACAGACUUAAGACAAAGCGAAAGGCAUCAAGAGAGCAAUUAGAAGACGAAUUGCAAGCCAAAGAAAAAGGUUGGAGGAUACAAAGGGACGAAUGGAGAGAAGAGAUCGACAGAUUGCAAGAAGAAAUUGAAAAGCAACAGAAAUUGUUAUCAGUAAAUCUUAACAAAUCACCACAAACACAAACCGAAGCUUACUUGCAGUACGAAAUUACCAGAGUGACUUCUGAAAAUUUGGAUCUUCAAGAAAAAUACGACAAAAUAGCGGAGGAAUGUAGAAAACUCAAGAAACAAUGCAAAAUCUUGGCUAAACAUCUGAAAGAUGCUGGAUACGAAGGAAAUGAUAUUAAGGAACAUAAGGAUCGUUCUUAUAUGCUAAAAAAUACUGUACCAGACAGUAUAGAAUCAACCAACGAUUCCAGUACCGCCCCAUCAACAGUUCAUUCGUCUGGUGAUAAUGGAACGAUUAUGCCAGCAAUUCGUAAAAAGGAAAGAGAUUAUGAAGGAAUGUUCGAAUUUAGAAUGGAAGAUAUUGGUGUGAUAAUACGACAUUUAGUUAUCGAUUUAAAACCAAGACUAGCAGUUGCUUUGUUACCUGGCCUACCAGCUUACAUAAUUUUUAUGUGCAUAAGACACACUGAUUUCAUCAACGACGACGACAAAGUUCGAUCAUUGUUAACCGCAUAUUUGAACGGUGUUAAACGUAUCGUUAAAAAACGCGAUGAUUUUGAAUACAGCGUUUUAUGGUUAAGCAAUACGUUAAGAUUGUUACACAUUAUGAAACAAUAUUCCGGUGAUAAACCAUUCCAAUUGGAAAAUACACCUAGACAAAACGAUCAAUGCUUAAGGAAUUUCGAUUUAAGCGAAUAUAGGAUCGUAUUAAGUAACGUUAGUUUAUGGAUAUUCAAUAACAUUGUGACAACAUUGAAGGAGAGAAUUCAAGCUUUUACGGUACCGGCGCUAUUAGAGCACGAGGCGAUUUCUGGAUUGAAUUCAAACAAACCAGGUCGUCCCCGUUCGUCGUCAAUGGGCGAGGAGCCGGAUUCUACCCAGCAAAAGCUUAAAAAACUCCUAGACGAGCUUAGUUCUGUGCACAAAACUUUAUUAUUUCACGGUGUAGAUCCAGAAAUAAUUACACAAUUGUUUAAACAAUUAUUUUAUUUUAUGUGCGCUAGCGCCUUGAAUAAUUUAUUAUUGAGAAACGAGCUUUGCCAUUGGACCAAAGGAAUGCAAAUUAGGUAUAAUUUGAGUCAUUUAGAACAAUGGGGCAGAGAUAAACGAGUAACUGCAGCUGCCGAAGCACUUCAACCUAUCAUCCAAGCUGCACAACUUUUACAAGCAAGAAAAUCAGACGCGGAUGUGCAUUCGGUAUGCGAAAUGUGUAACAAAUUAACGGCCAAUCAAAUAGUUAAAAUAUUAAAUCUGUAUACACCGGCUGAUGACUUUGAAACCCGAGUACCGGUAUCAUUUAUUAGAAAAGUAGAAACUGAAUUGGCCAAACGUGAAGAAAACAAUGAACAGCUUUUAAUGGACUUAAAGUACACCUAUCCAAUAAGAUUUCCAUUCAAUCCGUCGAACAUUCGCUUGGAAGACAUCGAAGUUCCAGAGGUGCUUCAACUACCAAUGCUUAAGAAGAUCUAAUUACAUUGGCAAUACAAUUCUCUAAAAAGAGAGAGAAACAGAGAGAGAGAGAGAGAGAGAGAAAGAGAGAAAGGGAGAGAAUCUCUUCUUC